AUGUAGCAACUCGUGAAUCCUAUUUUAUGGAAGAGCCAUUACUUUCAAGUCGCAUACAAAAAAAUAAUGAAUUCGAUUUGUAUUCUAUACCGACUUUAAAACAAUUGUCAACCCAACUACCAACUACGGAUGUUUCUUCUGAACCUUUCGCGGAAAGCGAAAUGCAACAAUUUACAUUGGAUGAUUUGUGUUUAUCGCAUCAUGAAGAAAUGAUAGAUAACAUUGCCAGUAUUAUAUCAUUCUUAAAGGAAAAUGACGUUCGCAACGAUAAUGAUUUUAUUGUUUCUAUCAAAGAAUUUAAGUUUGAGGAUCAUUACAUUGAAGAACCCCUAAUUUCAAUAAAAGUUAAUAAAAGCACACAAGAACUGCCAAAUAAAAUUAUUGAAAUUGUUCCUCUAAUUAUAGAUGAGAUUGAUAUAAAUGUUCAGAAUGAUCAAUUAGUUCCUGAAGAAACUGGUGUUAAAGCACCUUUAGAGAUGUUGAAUGAAUGGGAAAGGAUUGAUGAGUCAACUUUUGACAUUGAAGGAAUUCCAGAAUCUAAUUAUGUAGAAUUUGAUGUAUCAUCCGAUCCAUUUUUGGCUUCCCGAGAGUCCAUUCACCUAUUUUGUUUGACAAACGGAGAACCUGCAAUGAUACCUGCAAGAUAUGAUCCUUUGGAGAUAGAUCGCAGAAAACGGCGUAAAACCGAUUUUGGAUCAGAGACUGGAAAUGUGGAUGACAAAGACGUGACAAUAACGGACUCUUUGGCACAAACAAUAAAGUCCGUAAUAUCCGAAGAUGCUACCUUUAUGCAUCAGAAAUUUGAAGAUCAGACAGCGCUUCAAUCGGACCUUUGA